AUGUCCGAGAAGCGCCCUUUUCCCGGUGACGGCCUGGACGACGGCCAUGAUUCGAAACGUCCCCGGUCAGCCCAAGCAUCGCCAGCGCCGGACAACGAUGUCGAACGUAAAAGGCGCGAAGUCGCUGAGCGCAUCGCCGCUAUGAAGGCUCGCAUGGCAAACAAAGGAGGUCCCGCUGCCACUGCGUCCGCUGCAGCACCCGCCGCUGCUCCCCCGUCGUCGUCCGCGACCGACAUGCAAGCACGUAUUGCUGCUAUGAAAGCUCGUCUGCAAGGCAAUGCCGCUCCAGCAUCACCAUCUCCUGCGCCCGCCUCUCAGCAACCAACACAGACCGAUAUCCCUACCCGUCCUGCCGCUCAAGCCCCAGGCUUUGCUCAAUCCCCGCCUGUUCGCGAUGAUACUGCUGCACGCGCAAGAGGUGGUUUGAAUGUCGGCUUGCAUCCUAGUCUGUUAGGUGGUCCUUCGAGGUCGGGAAAUAACAAAAAGCAAAAGGAGGAGCCUGUGAAACAAAAUCCUUAUCUGACUGGCGAGGAUCAGACUGCUGCUAUGCAGACCGAGCCGUUCUUCGACCCUUCGUUGCAGAAACAGAAAGAACGCAAGUCCAAGCAGCUGCUCUUCAACCAGAAGGGUAAGUUCAUGGCACAGGCUGAAGCCUUACGGCAACAGGCGAGGAUCGAACAAAUGGCCAAGGAAAUGCAAGAACAAGCGCGGAAAAAAGCUAUCGAAGAGGCCACGGAGAAAUCUUUCUUGGUUCCUGCUCCACCAGACAUUGAAUGGUGGGACGAAGGUCUUGUGACUGGCGGCAACUAUGAUAAUCUCGAAGCUCCGAACAAGAUCAACAUGGAAGUCAUCACAAGAUACGUGCAACAUCCUGUUCUACUUUCCGCCCCUCAAGACGCCAACGUGCCGGCUCCGAAGGCCAUGUAUCUCACCAAGCAAGAGCAGAAGAAGGUUCGACGACAACGUCGCAUGGCAGAUCACAAAGAAGAGCAGGCAAAGAUCAGACUCGGCCUUAAAGCGCCACCACCGCCCAAGGUCAAGAAAUCAAAUCUUAUGCGCGUAUUAGGCAAUGAAGCCGUCAAAGAUCCUACUGCAGUCGAGGCUCGUGUCAACCGCGAGAUUGCACAGCGUGCCGAGGACCACGAGACUGCCAAUUCUGAGAGACAACUGACCAAAGAGCAGCGCCUUGAGAAGCUGGCUGCUCAGCAAGAAGCUGACGCCGCUCUUGGCAUGAAACUAUUGGUUUUCAAGAUCGAUAACUUGAGUUAUGGAAAACACCGCUUCCAGAUCAACAAGAACGCCGAGCAGCAAGCCUUAACAGGCAUUACCAUCUUCCACCCAAAAAUGAAUCUAGUAAUAGUCGAAGGCGGCUCCCACAGUAUCAACGCAUACAAAAAACUCAUGCUCAACCGCGUCAAAUGGACCGAGAACGCCAUGCCACAAAGUGUGCGUGAGGGCAACACAGAAGCCAAUGCUGCAUGGCUGAACGCAUUCGACGAGGAUGGAAAGCUCAAGGACAACACAUUCAACAGAUGUCAGCUUGUCUUUGAGGGCGAGGAGAAGCAAAGGUCAUUCAAGCGCUGGAUGCCAUACAAGGCCUGUGAGACGGAUGGCGAAGCCAAGGACGUGCUCAGCAGGUACAAGAUGGAAAACAUGUGGACGUUGGCACAAUCUCCAGCGUUCCAGUAA